UUGGUGUUCGGUGGUUUGAUGAUGGUUCGAUCUUCGAUCCGUUCAAUCGUAUGGUGUCGUAUUAGCACUUUAAAGUAAAUUUUUAAUCGUUUUUAUGAUACAGUGGUAAAAGUAUUUUGUUAACCAGUCUUCAAUAAUAGUUAUGUGAAUUCAAAACGACGAUUUUUAAUUCUAAAAUCUGGUGUCCCACGUCCCCUUAUAACACGAAAAAAUGCUAGAGAAAGAGUUGUAACGAAAUGAAAGUAUUAGUGAGCAUUUUGCUUGGGCGUUGUAUGUGUAUGUGGUUUUUGUGAUCUCGUCACUCACAGUAUUUUCAACUGUGUAAAUCGGGGGAAGAAAAUUUUCGAUUUUGUGAAAGAUGUUUUUAAAGUGCGGUAAAAGGGCAGCUGGUUAAUCUUAGCAAACGAAUAGAAGAUUCCAGUGCGUGGAUGGUGUUUAUCACGGAUUACACAAUUCAAAGGAUUAUUUGGAUAACAAUAAUAGAAUCUGGUAAUCAUGGAAUCAACCAUAAAGCAUACUGACAGCCCUUAUGGCGGUUAUAUGCUUUUGAAUUAAAUAAACGAAAGUUUAGAUUGUUCAAUCGGGCUUCACUAUAACUAUGAAACAAGAGCACUUGCCACGAUAAAAAUAUAAAAAACUGGACGUGAAACAAUGGAGACUGUUAAUACAGCUACCCUUCCGAUGGGUACUAAUGCACCUGCCCUUGUACGUCCAAACACAUUGCUGCCGCCCGAGAAAGAGCCAGUUCACUUUGAAAUCAAUCUGAUUGGGGCCCCUCCUGAAGUAGAACAACUGAUCGAGCAUAUCAAGGCCGUAGCAGAGCAGUUUCUUUAUCACUGGAAAACGUUUCCUAUUAAUUUACCAGCACCUCUUUCUGUAAGCCCUGGUGGUGGCGUUGGUAAUGGUGGAGGCGGUGCGAUUGUUAACAGUAAUACCAACAUUACUACGACUGGCGUCAACAGGAAAACACGCCCGAUUAAUCUACGUGAUCUAUUCAUCGCUCCACCAUUCGAUGAGCUUGAUGCAGUUGCAGCGGAUGGGACGGGCGAACCCCGCCUGCUCAACACGGCUCAACUGCGAUCUCUCCGCGAAAGGGGUGAGUUCGAGGUACCAAGUUUAAACUUUCCUGGUCAAAUGCAUCGUUGGAGAUUAUCCCAGUUUCUUCAGAAAGGUUCUGAACGAACACGAGACUCACUGCUGGGAGACUUAGCCAUGUCGGCUCGAUUUUUGGUAAUCACAGCCAAGGGACGUCUGCUUGGUUCUUUUUUCUCCGUUGCUCAUGCCACCCGUGCAUUACUACAAGGUUUAACAAAGUUGAUUGAUAUGGUUGUAGGUGUCCCAUCAUUAUUGGCUCAAAAUCUGGAUAAUAAGAUAAGAGAAGAGCGAUGUCGGUUUUUGGUUGCUGAAUUAGUUUGCAGGACUGAAUACGAAGACUGUUUGGAUGCUCUUUGUGGCUAUGUAAGACACCAGCUUCGUCGAGCUACGAUGGAAAAAUUUGACGUUAACUGUCAACAGGCUCAACCAAUACCUUACUUGUACGCUACUCCGAAAGGUCAAGAUAUCGAUAUGCGUUUAUUUUCAAAAGAUAUUAUGCGAAAAGCACUGCCUAUUCUUGUCGGUAUACUUGAGAAGGAAACUCGUGGUUGGUUCUUACACUUUCGCGAACGAUUGAUUGCCGAACUACGUGAACGUAAAAUGACCGAUUCUGAAAUAGAAGAGGAAGUAAAUGACGCCGUGAUGAAAGAAUAUCUUCAGCGAGUAUAUACAUCGAUUUUGUCGAAUAACGAUUUGGCACUACUCGGUGAAAAUAUUCCACAGUUGCUAGUACAGCAAGCACAAUCUGUGGUUAUAAUGCACAAAGCUGUUGAUAAAAUCCAAAAAGAGUUGAGAAAAUCACGGGAAGAGCAACAAAAAUUAUUACAGGAAGACCACCCUGUUUUAUCACGGAUAUUGCCUUGGUUGCGUUCUAAACUUGAAGCUGCUGAGCAGAACAAGGUAUCAAAGAUUACUUGGGGAGCGCAUGAAGAAGCGUUAAAAAUUGCCCAAAAGCACAACUUAUACCAGACCGUGUAUUUUCUAAAUAGGGAUUUGGCUUUUAUGAAAGAAAGGGAGCCAAUUCUUCUGAAAGAGUUAAAAAAUGCUAAAACUCCAACCAGAAACUUUCAAUGGGCCUGCCGAAUAUGGUCACCAAAGUCGUGGAUCAUUCGUCGUAGCUUCCAAGGUCACUCGGAAGUGAUACCAACAGUUAUAACACAGCAAGCCACUUCAAUAGUUACCCCACGCUCAGACCCUAGUCAGCCAGUAUUUCUCGUUGAGAAAGAACUGGUCCGCUCAACCAGUACAAGAUGGCCCAUGUGGCGUUUAUUGAAUCUCUUUCAACGUACGUGGACUUGGACCUGGAAUAUAAUGUUCUUGCUAGGUGUAAUUGUACCAUGGUGUAGUCCAAUGGGUCUUCGCGCUCUCUUUUGUGUUAGGCCAUUUAUGGCUGAUUUAGAAUUAUCUCAGGUAAACGGAACUCUCUUCCCACGAAAAACUAGCAUCACGCAAACUAUGUGUUCUCGACUGAUAGAGUUGUGGCGGCAUAUUUCAAAAGCGAGAACACAUUUUGAAACGGAACCGGACACAGGAUUUGUUGGAAAAGGCAUGACGAGACAUCUGAAUCGGCUGUAUAACUAUUUCGUGAAAGGUUUUCUAGGAUCUCUCUUAAUACUCACCGUGUUUCCAUUAAUGUGUUUAAGUGUUAGCAUUAGCAGUAUAGCUUUCGCUAUCACAGCACUUUUAUGGAUGCCUUUCAUUACUGUCAUAUUGCACCUAUAUAUGAUGUUAGUUUAUGAUUUGGAUUGCCCGGAUGAAAGUCGUCGGAAUCGUUAUUGUAUUUUUUUGGAAGCUGUGGUAUGGAACAUUCUUGUGCAGGGGUUACUUCAACCAAUAAUGGCUGUGCUAGUAGCUUCAACAAUUUGUCCGGCAGUGUCCGUUUUAAUUUUAUUCGUUGGUGUUGCUAGAUAUUGGCUGCGACUUUUUUGGGAUGCAAUCACUUUUCAUUUGUUUAUUAAAAAAUGUGGCAGAGUUCCUGCGAGCGAUAGUUUUGCUGUAAAGCGGAUUGCGGGACCUGGUUUGGCUCUGGACUAUUACUUCUCUAUAAAACCGGAACAAGCUUUGGCUGCGUUCGAAGCAAAAAUGGAACUUGAUGAAUUACAGGCUUAUCAGCAUGCAAUGGAAACAAUUAUCUGCCAACCACAAAAAGAUUUUAGCCAGUUUGUAGAGGCUUGUUUUGGGCCCUUUUCUGCACAGCUUUCGAAAACAGUAGGCCCUUAUAGACAACUAGAACGUGAAGGUCAAGAUUUAAUGAGCUCUCUACAUGAAAAAUUAGAAAAACGUCGAAGAGAUUUACAAACUGGUCUGACUUCUGCUGUAAAAUCUAGAAUCAAACUAAGCACAAUGGAGCUAAAAAUUGUUAUUCAGCAGUCGGCGUAUAUGUUGGAAAAGUUUUACCCUUCACAUGUUAUAGCAAGGAUAUCAAUAAGCGAGGACGAGUUCUGGGAUGCCAAAGGUCUUUCUGUUGGAGAUUGGGCAGGUUUAGCUGGAUUGUUAUAUGCUGAUAUUUUCAGUCUAGAUUUUUUGACACCUCUGGCAGAAAGUGAUACGCAAUUCAAACUGGAGCCACACUCACAAUUGGACCUAUCCCGUUAUACAGAAAUGGUACAAAAUACGAGCGACAUAAUGGGUAUCAAUGGACCGGACUUAUUAGGUAAUGUUUAUGCACCUCGAGGAAAUAUUCAGGUUCAUUCGCCAUAUCUGGAGGUUUCCGCUUUCAAUCCUCGAUCAAGAGUAAUGAUAAAUUCUCGAAGGGCAGAAAAAAGAAAUGAUACAUGUUCCGGUUUGACAACCCCCCGGGUUCGAGCACGUCGAUCACCCAUUCCCACACCAAAAGCAGUCAACAGUUGGAAACCUUGGAAGCGGAAAGAGCAGAAAAAAUAUGCAGCUGAAAAAUUGUUAAUUCCGCUCCCCAUCCCACAUCCUGUUCACAUAGCCAUAUCAAUUUACAAUCGUGAUUCUGAGCAUCCAAUUCCAACCGAAUCAGAUAUUUGUUGGGAUAUUUUGAGAUCGAUUGAAGAAUGCCAAGGAGAUUUAGAGGCGAUUCUCCGUUUCCGUGCAUCUGGAGGUGAAGGUAAUCGAUCAAUAGGGAUCAGUGUGGAUGGUUUGGCUGCAAUAGAUUCUAGCAUGGAUUCGUUAGAUUCACAAAAUUCGUCGAACUCCGGGACCAAGGACAGCAUGGACAUGAUAGCCGGGGCCAGUGAAACAUUGCCCUGUACAAAUAGAGAAGUAACAAUAAUAAUGCCAUCUACCGUCAUGGGAGCCAAUGAAAUAAAUGGUAUGAACUCAGGGUCGGAACAAGUAAAUACUGAUCGUGAAGAUGGCGAAGAAACGCCGAAUGUAGUUCCUUCCCAUUUUCAUUGGACUUUGAGUAACUGGGGCGGAGGUAGUUCAAGGGCUCAAAUGGCAGCUGCAGCACGUCGAAGAAACACAAGUUUUACAUACAACAGUGCUGCAGCUACCGUGAAAGAUGAUUUGAACACCGCCAGUUCCAUUUCUCAUAACGACGCACAUCUCGAACAAAUUCGUGUUGACUUAGCAAGCCCUGAAGAUAUAUCGCUAGACACGGACAGCUCUCGAGCUGUAUUCAGUGCCGCCUAUGGAACUACUGUUUGAAGCAAUGUUUGCCUACUAGAAAUUUAAGUUACAUGGUACAUUUGUGAUCACAAGCAAAAACAGAUUUAUUUUUCUUGAAUCAGGAUAUAAUUUUCUAACCUUAUGUGCAUUAGAAAUGCAUAUAUUUUAACUGCUUCGUUAAAGUUUUAUUUUGUUUUAAACAUAGUUUUACUUUAUUUUCCACUCGUAAAGUUAAUGUUUUUUAACUCAAUAGUCAUUUUUUGUUAUUAUAAUUCAAUUCCGUUUUUCGGUUUCUCUAGUCUAAGACCUUUUAUCUCUGCCAAAAACUUCAUGGGUUUUAUUGAUGUAUUGUUUACUAGGUGAGUCAUUCGGCAAUUAACACCUUAUUAAUUUAGGGAUAUUUUGAAUAUAAUUUUACUUUUAUCGUUGUUUUCGUAGAGAAAUUCCAGGUGAAAUGAAUAAACAGUUCAAUUUGAUCUGCCCCGGUUUUUUGAAUGAAAGGGACAAUGUAGAAAAUACGCUCGGAGACUUAAGACAAACUUUUCAAAGAAGCUCAUGUGUUUUCACAUGAUGUAUUUUUUUAAAAAUCAACUUGAGAAUUGUUGUCUGCAGCAAAAUGGGUGCUAAGAGAAAGUUGUAUAGAAUCGAUUGAACUUCCUAGAAAAAAAGAUACGAAAAAAUUAAUUUUUUUUCCAGAAACCGAAAAUUUUAGAUUUUAUAAUCUAAAUUUUUGUUUUUUCCGAAGUACGAUUUGUUCUGAAACCAAUCAAAUUUAUAUGACCAAUAAUGGAAAAUUGUUUAAAAUUAAAUAAAAACCCUUUGACAGUUUAUACAGAAAAAACCUUUAAGGUGUUUUUAAAGGUUGGUAUUUUUGUAUGAUUUUCAGCCCAUUUUGAAUCAAAAUGCGUUAAUAAUUUCUAUGUC